AUGGGAGGUUGUGCUGCACGUCCAAGAGCAGUUGUACAUCCAGCAGUUGUAAGGUUUAUUCCUGAUGAGUCGCCAAUAAGUAUUGAUCGAAAAAAUCUCGAAUCAUAUUACUUAUUUUGGCUCGAUAGUACGGUAAGAUCACCUGAAUUUAUAGAAACUCAAGAUGAAUUACGAACCAUUAUAAAUUACAUGAAAAUAUUUGAAUCAAAUGAAGAAUGUGAAAAAGAGUUUAAAAGAAUUAAAAAUGGUAAAAUAUUUCUAAUUGUCAAUUGUAUUCAAGGUUUAUUAUUAUUACCAAAUGUUCACGAUCACCAACAAUUACAUUCUAUUUACAUAUAUCACAAUCGCGAUAAUGUCGAUAUGAAUCAAGCAACAAAUCAAUAUAACAAGAUUAGAGGAAUAUAUGAUUCUUUGUCUACAGCUAAACGAUAUUUAGAAGAUGAUAUUAAAAUACAUACAGAUCUUGAUGAUCCAAUGAUAGUGAACAUCGCUACUGUAAAAAAUAAUUUGGAAUAUCAAGAAAAAUUUGAUUUAUUUUCUAAGAUAGUGAAUGUUAAUGCAAAAGAUAUUUAUGAUAGGCAAAUUCGAGGUCGUUUAAUUGAAACAUAUUUGGAAUAUUAUGAAGGUAAUGACAGUGAAGUAAAUUUUAUCGAUGAAUUAGCUGAUUCGUAUAAACCUGAAAAUGCUAUCUCAUGGUAUAUGCGUGGAACUUGUUUACAUCGUUUACUUUCUCGUGCAUUUAUCGAUCAAGAUAUGAGUGUACUUGUUGAUAUGUAUUCAUUUAUUGUGGAUAUUAAUCGAAAUAUAAAAAAGCAGAGUGUAAAUCAAUCAUCAACAUUACGUGUCUUUCGUGGUCAAUUUAUAUCGAAUGAAAUAUUGUCUCUAUUAAAAUCUAAUAUCAAUCAAAUAAUAACAAUGCAAUGUUUCCUUAGUGCUCAAACAUCACGUGAUGAAAUUUUUAAUCUUCUUCAAAGUAUUGAACCAAUGGACAAAACUUUCAAACGUAUAAUAUUCGAAAUUGAUGCAUCACAAGAUUAUACAUUUGCUGAUAGUAAAGAAACAUCUACAUCACGAACAAUUCUCUUCAUACUUGGUGCAUCAUUCAAAAUUAUUGAUGUUACUGAAACCACAGUUAUAUUAUCUCAAUAUACGUCAAGUUUAAAUAGUAAUUAUGAUUUAGUAAAUGAAUUACCUUUAAUUAUUCGAGGUGUACUUACCUAUUUAAAACAUGGAACUACUGAAGCUAUUAAAUAUUUUAAAAAACUCUUACUUAAGGAAUCUGAAAUUGACUUAGCAACAUAUUCAUCCAUAUAUGGACAAUUAGGAUAUUUAGAACAGAAAUUAGGUAAUUAUAAUGCAGCGACAAUUAUGUAUGAAAAAGCAAUGCAUAAUGGAACAAUGCAAUUUACUGUUUAUCUUUUCUAUCUUGAUCAAGCAGCUCAAUAUCAUGCUAAUGUACUUAAUAAUUGGGAAAAAGCAAUGAAUUUAUGGAUACAAAAACUUAAUAUUCAAAAUGCUCUUCUGCUCGAAGAAAAUAAAGCACAAACGUAUGAAAAUUUAGCAUGUGCUGCAUUUGAAACUAAACAAUAUGCUAAAACAGUUGAAUAUACAUUAGCAGCAAUUGAAAAUUUACCAAAAGAUCAUCCCAAUAUUUCAUUUCUUCAACAACGAUUAGAACUUGCUAAAAAUAAAUUAUCUGAACAUACUACAAAAUGA